GAGUAUGUGAGGGUGGGAGAGAGAGCGCAGCCAUCCUGCCAGACAGUGCGAGAGAGAGAGAAGAAUCAGACGCUCCCCAAGAAACAGCCUGCACCCCCAAACUGAGGUCAGAGCAGUGUGUGAUGGUGCCCAGCUGUGCAUGUAAGUUGGAAAUGAUCAGCCCAUGGUGUGGGUAACCUGCUGCCCAAGAUGAAGUGGCCUGGUAGUGCUCCAUCCUCUCCCCUCUUCUAUUGUUUACUUUUGAUUGGCACUUGCUCUGUCUUUCCCUUUCAUACAUUACCCCACCCGUCUAUCUCCUCCAUGCCUGCUGCAAUGCGACAUCCACACCCUUCCUUUCAGGCUGCUCAGUACCAAGCUCACUAUCCUUUUCAUCCUACCUCAGAUCAUUUACACUUGCCUGUCCAUACAGCAGCCCAAAAUUCACCCCAUCUCCUCCAUUCUACCCCCCACUCCUCCUUCCCAAAAGUCCAAGCACAAGAGCUCUCACCCAAGAAAACACCUUUACCCAAAAGGAAGCCUCGCCAUCUUAAUCAACACUUAGGGGCCACACGGGGAAAGCGCCAGUCCCCUGCUCCCAGCGUUCUUUUCCCUGUUGCCAUUGAAGGGGCAGCUCCAUCUUCCCAAUACCCAUGGGCCAUUGUGUGGGGUCCCACAGUAUCAGAUGAAGAAGGGGCUGCAUUGAGCUCUGCUUCUUCCACACCACGCUCUGGUUACCAUCAAGACGGGAGCUCCCACGAAAACAAGGAGCCUAUAGGUUUGGACCUGAGAGGAGCACCGACAACAUUACGACCCCCAAUCUACCCACCUAUAGAUGAAGAAACUGACCCCCAGUUGUACGUCACCAUUGUCAUCUCAUUGCUGAUCGUCUUAGCGGCAACUGGAAUUAUCAUCAAAUUCUGCUGUGAGCGCAGACAAAAGAGAAGACGACAUAGGAGUGACCGCUGUCCUUUACCAGAGGAGGGGAGCCUGCAGCCUCUAACGGACCUGUCCCCCGACACCGACAUCUCUGGGCUCCAUGCUCUCAAACUUGGGGAUUCCAAAAGUGGGCCUGAUAUACGAAUUGGCCCCUGCAGGACAAGCAAGAUACCUGUUGUGACCAUGUGAUUAGACUGUUAGCACAGAGGACCUGCAUGAGGUGACAUUUGAAGAACUGAAAGGCUACUUGCUCUGCCCCAGCAGGGGGUGAAAUCCUCAUUAUUCCAACCACCCCUUGGAUCUGAGGAAGAGUCGGAGCAGAAGGCACUGAACUAUAUUUGCCUGCUGUGAAUGUGAGACAAUGGAGCAGUCACGGCUGGGGCAGGAUUCUGGGAAUAUGGGUAUAUUUAUAUGCAUCUGAUGUCUAUGUAUCAGGGCAAUGGUAGCAGUGUUCUUUCUUAGGCAUGGACGCUCCGUCGUGAUUAUUGCUAGACCUCUCUGUGUAUCUGAGUGUGCCUGAUGCUCCGUCUGUCCAGUAGAACCAUCGUGAGUGACUUGAUAAAGGGCUUCUCCACACUGUGCGAUUGUCUGUGAAGAGCAUCCACGGGAAACCAUCACUGCCAGUGUCUAUCCACACAUCCACUGGUCUUUCUGCAUUUUUAUUUGUGUUUUUAAUAAAAUAAGUUUUGAGUGGAA